AUGGAAAACAUAACGGCGAGCGAAGUGGCCGGACUCGGGGUCGGAGCAUUUCUUGUACUCGCCACCGUCGCUGCUCCGAAAAUUGACUCCCUCAUCUCUUCUUCCCAGAGAAGUUCUCUGGGGAUGUGCAGGAAAUGUGGGGACUUAAAGAUGGUAGCAUGCUCAACCUGCAAAGGAACUGGAUUAGCCAAAGCAGGUGGCGCGCCAUUUACUUUCUUGGAUGACUUGUAUCAGUCUGUUGGUGGGGAGACAGAAGUGACCCGAGUGAAAUGUAGUAAAUGCAGAGCCAAGGGCCACUUCCACUGCCCUAACUGCUCCAAACGCCAGUCUCUGUAA